GACUUAUCUCGGAAGAAUUCAUCGAAAUUCCGUUGACUUAUCCCGAGUAUAGUAGCUGUAGUCAAUCUGCUCACAAGUUGUGAGCAGAUAUCAAAUCUUCAAACACGAGGGUUUCCUACGGUAGGAAGCUUUUGUGCUGACUUCGUGGAAAUUCGCCGCAGUAUACCUCCCAGUCGCUUGUUUCUUUUAAAAGACAUCAUCAGUUGCGGAAGCCGCAAUAAUUCUCUCAAAAGCACCACCAUACCAUCGCUUACUGUACUACAUUACAUGCCACCUGCUUUGGUACGAGCUCUGCAGGAAAGAACGUCCUCUCGUCUUCUCUCCGCCCGUUCUUUCUCCCUCUUAAAUCAGGAUGUCGGUCAACCCAGAGAAGUCUCAGAUUUCCAAGAUCUGACAGACGGCGGGCACAACGUUCCGUCUCCCGGAGAGAUCAGAGACUGUUUCAGAGCGUCGGAUGUAGCCAUUAUACCGUUGGGCAAAACGGGUCUCGGAACGGCUGGGUGAGCCUUUCGUGAACAUCCGCGGAUGUUACAUCGGGCCCUCUCGGCUGAUUCACAGCCUCGGAAGCCGAGAAUUCUUGGCUCGUUUAGAGCCUCGGAUGCCGAGCCGGCUGUUUCGGAGCCUCGGAUGCCGCUGAGCCUCCUCGGCUGUUUAAGAUCCUUUGAUGCCGAGCCUUCUACGCUGUUCUGAGCCUCGAAUGCCGAGCCUACUCGGCUGUUUCAUAGCCUCGCCAAAAGCUGAGCUUUCCCGGCCCUUCGGAGUUUCAGUAGCUGCUUCAUCCAGCACUUCUCAAUAGAGCCGGCUCUGGACCUGUCUCUGAUCCUGACCCGACUCCAGCCACAGUCUCCAGCUUUCCUGCCAGCGGCCCUUCAGGAGUUUCGCAGCUGCUUCACCUUGCACACGUCAGAAGAGCCGGCUCUGGUCCUGUCCCUGAUCGUCCGCAGCAGCCUUCCCAGCCAUCCCAGCCUUCCACUGUCUCCUAGUAGAAGCGCUGAUUCCGUUCUUAGCAGACUCUCAAACAGGUCCGAUCUUCAUUUUUCUCCUCAACUUAACUCUCCUACUCCCUUCCCAUUGCCUCAGGGAUUUAACUCUCCCGGGGGAGUGGGAGGCUGGGAGCUCAUCAGUAUGUUCUCUUCCACCCAUCCCUCACCCUCUCUCACACUGGCGCCUUCCAGGCCUGCAGACGCCCGUCCUCCCCUUCCCAUCAGCGCUGUUUCGCAGCAGCCUCACGGUGAUGACCCCAUACGGCCUAGCAAUAGCCCUAAUCCUACCGCCCCAUGCCCAAGAAUGACCUCCACUGCUCCACCGCUCUCCACCCCUCCGGUUGGCCUUUCCUUCAGCAGCCCAGCUGCACUCUCCACUUUUCUAGGGUCUCUGAACCCUGCUGACCCCAGGAGGCCUAUGGCCGGCAUAGGCUUUGCAGGCAAUGCUGCAAUGAGUAACAAUGGCAGUUCGUCCGCCUUGGUUACGCGAGGAGGGUUAGUAUCUGAGGUGCGGGGUGGGGGUGGUGGGUUUGAGGGUGGUACUGUGUGCCUGACCCAGGCGACUAUGGGCCAGCUCCUGAGUUCUAUACAGCAGCAGCGGCAGCAGCGGAAGCAGCAGCAGCAACGGCAGCAGGGGCAGCAGCAGCAGCAGCAGCAGCAGGAGGAGCAGCAGCAGCAGCAGGGGCAGCAGAAGCAUCAAGCACUAUUCCUGCCGUUCACAUCGCCCCUCGUUGCGCCGUCACAUGGCCACGCAUCAGCAACCACCGCAUCCCUUCCCCAGAUGUUUGCAUCCGCGCAACAAGUUCCUGUCCAUUCCCUUGCUGCUUUGUCACCCCUGUCUGUCUCCGCACCCGUGCAGUCCUCGUCCUCACACGGCCAAGCGUCAGUACCUGCUGCCUCCCUUCCCCAUGCAUUUGCUUCGUCGUCACCCCUAUCUGUCUCCACACCCCAGCUAUCCCAAUCCUCAAACGGCCAAGCGUCAGUACCUGCUGCCUCCCUUCCCCAGCCAUUUGCUGUGCCGUCACCCCUGUCUGCGUCGUUCCAAACCCUGCUGCCCCGGUCCUCACACGGCCAAGCGUCAGUCGUCGGAGCCUCCCUUCUCCAGCCAUUUGCUGCCACAACAGUUACGCGGCAAGUUCCUGCCCAGUCCCUUGCAGUGUCGUCACCCCUUUCUGUCUCUGCCACACUGCCGUCUCAUUCUUCUCCCCAGUCGUUGCCGCCGACGUUGCCUGCAGUUUCCGCACCUCCUGGUUUUGAUUCGACUCAACAGCAGCCUUCUCACGCUCACUCGCUGUCGCCAACGAUUCCUGCAGCUUUCACCCCAUCUGCGGCGCAGGAUGCGGCUUCCUCGUCUCCCCUCUCAUGGCAACUGCAGCAGCAGCUUCUGAGGCAGCAGCAGCAGCAGCAACAGCAGCAGGGGCAGCAGGAGCAGCUGCAGCAGCUGCAGCAGGAGCAGCAGCAACAGCAGCAGCACCAGCAGCAACAGCGACAUCAAUUGCAGCAGCAGCAGCAGCAGCAAAGAAUUCUUGCUGCUAUGUUGCGGCUGACAGGUGGAGCAGGCUCAGAAACCCUGGAGGCAAGCAGAUGGCGGGAUAUGGCCACUUUCCUAGGCAUCGACGCACAAGGAGGGGUCCAGGCAGGCCCAAGAGGAGCAGCGGGCGCAGGGGCAGUAGCAGCACUUGUACAGGAGGGAGCCCUGCCCGGUACAGGGACUCCAGCUAUGAGCCAAAGGAGGGUUGGAGCGGAUGGGAAGGGAGGAGCAGCAGCAGGCUCAGGGGCAGUAGCGGCACCUAUACAGGGAGACUUCUCGUCCCCUUUGCAGCCACUAGCUAUAAGGCGAGAGACGGUUGGGUCAGAUGGGGGGGGGGGAGGAGAGCCGUAUUUGCCCUCCAAAGAGAGGGGAGCGCCUUCGUUUCCUGAUUUGGCUGCGUUUCCUAAAAUGGUGGGGUGCGGAGGCGCUAGAACUGGUGCGGAAGUAGCAGCGGACUCAGAUGGGAAGUGGCUGGGAGGGGGGAGAGCGGAAGAGGCACCUUUUGAGUCGACUCAAAAGAGGAGAACAGAAGAGUUGACUUUUGAGUCGACUCAAGAGUUAUCUCGUGGGGGGGCUAUAGCAGACGCGGAAGGAGCAGCGGGCUCAGCUGGGAAGCUGGUGGGAGGGGGGAGAGCGGAAGAGGGGAGAGGAGAAUAUGGACGAGGUUGUGAAAGGGAAGGUAAAGGAGGGAGAGGAGGUAGAGGAGGGAGAGGGGGGAUUGGAGGGCAAAUCUGGGGAGGAUUUCCAAGUGACCUGAAGGCUGACGUGGCUGGUGCAGGCUCUGCAGGUUCUGGGGUCCUUUUAAAGAGGGAGGAGGGAAUUUUAAGAGGAGCAGCUGAAGAGCGCGAUGCGAUAUGCGGCGUCACCGGUCGCUUCAGCUGUCAGCCCGAUUGGCCCUCUUGGCCCUCUCAGCCCUAUCAGACCUCUCGUUCCUCUCAGCCCUCUUGUUCCCCUCGGCCGUCUGUCACUCCAGCUUCCUGCGCUCCGGGGGGUCCCAAGACAAGCACACGCACUGAAGCAGCUCCGGUGACAAGUGCAGCAGCUGCAGCUGCGUUUCCAGCAGUCAAAUCGGAGCCGGAAAGCACAGACGGCGCACAGCUCAAGUCUGAGCCGGGAAACACAGGCACUCAUGCAGCGAAUCUGGACCUCUCCUUGUCCCUGUCCCUGUCUCCCGCUGCUUCUGCCGUUUUCCCAACUGCUGCUGCUGCUUCUGCCGUUUUUCCCACCGCUGCUGCUGCUGCUUCUGCCGUUUCUCCCACUGCUGCUGCUGCUUCUGCGGUUACUCCCACUGCUGCUGCUGUGUCUGCUGCCCCUGGCGGUGUUGUGUCAGCAACCACAGGCUAUAAUGCUGUCUUUGCUUCGGCCCCUACCAGAGCCAGGGCUGCUACUUUUGGUGGUGGUGGUGGCGGUGCUGCUGUUGCUCGCAUUGCUGCCGUUUCUGCCGUUACUACCACUGCUGCUGUGUCUGCUACCCAUGUCUGUUCUAUGCGUGCUCCAACCACCACUGGCUACCCUGCUACGUCCGCUUCGGCUCCUGCCAGAACCAACAGAGAUGCUAGAAUUGAGCGUGAUGGGAGGAAGUCUGGAAGGGCAUGGGAGGGAGGAGGGGGAGGAGGAGGUGGAGGGGGAGGAGGAGGAACAGGAAGCAGUGCCGAUUUUAUCCAGUCAGUGGAAAGGGAAGGGGGCAGCGCUGCGUACAGGCCACAGCGAUGCUCUUCAGAGCUUGCUGAUGCCAGAGCCGCUUCACUGGCUGGCUCACGGGCUAGUUACGGGACCCAGACAGCUCAGCCAAACUGUCCAAGGGAGGGGGGAAGUGCCGGCGACGAGCCACAGUCAUAUUCCUCUGAUCUUGCCGGUGCCAGAGCAGCUUUACCGGCUGGUUCAGGAGAUGGUUUACUGGCGGGUUCACGGGCCAGUGCGGUGCAUUUUCACAUGCAGGCAGGUGGUGGAUCCAACCUGAUUGAGCCCCAUGGGUCAUCUGCAGCUGCUGCUGCUGCGCUCAAACGUCUAGCACUAUACAACCACUUCGAGCAGCAGCAGCAGCAGCAUGUUGCAAGUCCCCUUCUUGCGGUGCUCCUCUCUCACAACGCUUCUCAGAUCGUCUGCUCACAGCGCAGACGUGCUGCGGCUGCUGUUGGUGGUGCUGCGGCUGCUGUUGGUGGUACUGCUGGUGGUGCUGCUGGUGCUUCAGCUGUUGCUGCUGGUUCUGGUGAUGGUGGGCGAGGGGCGACGGCCGCAAUAAGGGCUUUUGGAGGAGCGGCAGCAAGGGCUGGUGAUACGAUGCGGGAUGGUGGAGGUGGGAAUGUUGGAGGGGAAGGAGGUGGUAUUGGUGGUAUUGUUGGUGUUAUUGGUGCAAGCAGUGGGAGUGGUGGCAGCGGGUACAGCUCACGCAGCAGAGCAUGGCAGAAUGUAGUGAGCGCAACUGCACCCAUCACCACCACCUCCACCUCCGCCACCACUGGAGCUGCUGCCACUAAAGCAACGCAGCUGGAAAUUCCCACCGGGGGUGGUGAUGCGUCCACCAGCAGAAGCACAGCCUUUGACGGUGCCCCUGCAAGUCACCCCACCAGCACCACCAGAGCCCCCUCUUUGCCAUUCACUGUGCCGCCCAGCAAGCGUGUGAAAAAGGACAAGAACAAGUACCGGGGAGUGCGGCAGCGGCACUGCGGAAAGUGGGUGGCGGAGAUUCGAUUUCCCAAGAAGAAGUCCCGCGUGUGGCUCGGGACUUUCAGCUGCCCGGAAGACGCUGCCCGAGCGUAUGACCAGGCAGCGAUAAAGUUGCGUGGGCCCCGCGCACUGACUAAUUUUCCGGAUGAUGAUGAGGAUUGUCGGGAUUGGGCGGGAGAUGAUGCCUCGGGGUUGAAGGGGGGAGGAGGAGUGGUCAGGGGGAAGAGUUUGGCAGAGAGAGGGGAGAGAGGGGAGAUGGGAGGUGACGAUUUACGGUUUCGGUGGACGGGUGCAACAGAGAGAGUGGAGAUGAGGUGCAGUGAGAUGAGGUGCAAUGAGAUGACGUGCAGUGAGAUGCGGUGCAGUGAGAUGAGGUGGAGUGAGAUGAGGUGCAGUGAGAUGACGUGCAGUGAGAUGUGGUGCAGUGAGAUGAGGCAUGCAGCACUGAGGGAGAGCGAGGGAGGUCGGAGUAUUCCAAUUCCCUAUGCGAAUGGUUACAUAGCAGCAGUUGUGGAGUCGACUAAAGAAGUCAACUCAAGGACAGGCGUGCUGCUCAAGAACGAAGAGGCACUGCUACUGGCAGUAGCAGUCGCAGUAGCAGUAGCAGCCGCUGUUGCGGCAGCAGCAGCAGUAGCAGUAGCAGUAGCAGUAGCAGUACCAGCAGCAGCAGAAGCAGAAGCAGCGGCAGAAGCAGAAGCAGAAGUGCAGCAGAAGAAAAAGCAGCAGCAGAGGCAGAAGCAGCAACGCAAGCAGGCGUGACUUCUGAUUCAACUAACAAACUGCAGUGGCAUGCCAGACCUCUAGCACAUAUCUGGGGUCUAGCCCAGCAGAAGUCAGCAGGCUACAAGCUCAGUGGCAAGCAGUGCGAUGGUGUAAAAAGGAGGGAUGGAAAGAAAAACGUAACCUAGGGGAAAUGUCUAGAGCUCCGUAAAGCUAUGGGUGUGGUACAUCCAGCAUCGCUUUUGUGAGUCAACGAAAGAAAAGACUGCAAGAGAUUGUUUUAUGCAAGGUCAUUCACGUUGAAGCUUUGAAAUCAAUGCAUGUGAUUAAU